UAUGGCGAAUUCCUGCAGAUGCGGAAAACGUUGUUAGCAUGGAUAACUUACCAAGUGCAUUUCGUUUCUCGCUGUAUGUUUAAAUGCUAUGCGGACUCACUGGACUACUUAAUUUUCAGAAUGAAAAAAGUGUGCGUUUUUCUGAUCGCCCUGGGAGCACUGCUGAGAGUGGCAGCUAUAGGAUCACCGGAUGUUAAUUCCGCCCCAGUUUUCACCAUGCGCUAUAUGGGGCAUUACAUCAAAGUUUUUCAAACGGUGACAGCGAACUCUACCGAUCCAACAUUCUAUUACACUCCGACUUGUAUGCUUUUUCCAAACAUAUCUUCCGUUAAAGAAUCCCCGAAUCCAUCCAUCACUAUCAGGAUUGGUCUUUCCGAUGAGGAUUACCUUCAUAAUAUCAGUCAAUUUAUUGCUCAACGAACUGGAACCAAGCAUCCACAUUUGCUACCGAUUCCUUUUCGAUGGAUGCGCAUUGAGGGCUUCGAUAGUAACCUUCGACCAGCCUACAUAAAAGACUUGGGGAAAAGUGUUGACAAAUAUCCUGACACAAUUUUAUUCCGCAUUCAGUGUGUAUCGCUCACUGAAUGCAACCAGCUGGCGGAAUCAAUGAAAACCGAUAGUGAACAUUUUGCAUCAAACUUGCAACUAGCCUUCUCUUAUCAAAAACCGAACACAUCGAAAUUAUUUAUCACUAUCGAAGCCGACCACGUGCAUGCUUCCGUGACCUUUUCGGCCAUCAGUGAGCGUUUUCCGGAUGCCAGUUACGCUUUCUUACAGAAGGCUGAUCUCGACGAUCUCGUUCGAGAGACCGUAAUGAAAAGUAUCGAAUCCUCCUUGGAAAGCGAUGAAUUCAUGGACACUGGUCAGAUGGACAGUAUGAUACGUCAGGUUUCCGGAAAGAUGCGGCAUAAUGUGACAUCAACGGUUCAUUUUACAGAAGCUGAUUGGCAUGUGACCUUUUGGCAUGAUGAAAAUAAGCGGCCGGAUGUCAAAACACGUCAUUUGGAGGCGUUAUUUAGUGACGGAAUGAACUGGUUGCAACGGGAGGUAUCACGAGACAACCUCACGGAGGCAGUGGCCGAAGCGCUUGACGAACUGAAAAGAGGAGUGGGACCGGUGAAACUGGACGGGAAGCGAAUUGUUAUCAGACCAAUGAAACUGUAUUGUAUUGAUCUCGCUAAACUUCGUGGACAGCCGGGUUUAGGCAGUUUCAGUCCGCUUGUAACGAAGAGCAUUGCUGAUUAUUCGUCUUACGCACAUUCUAUGACCCACGUCAAUCCAAUGAGCGCUGUAAACGUCCGCAGUGAUAAAGAAAUUCAAAACCACUCCCAUGGUGACAUCACGUCCGUCGAGCGUCAGUUGAACGAAACUUUUGAAAGACGAUUACAAGCCUUCCAAAAUUAUUUUGAAGCCAAACUGCAAUUAGCUGUCAACAAAAGCAAGGCAGUUGCACAUGUUUUGAGCUUGCUAGAAGAGACCAUGCAGCGGGUGACACAACUGGAAGCCAAUAUCACCCAGGCAUUCCAUCUCAAGGAAAAUGAUAGCGGAUUGCAGUCUGCAUCAGAAGAACUCAAACCACUAUUUUACAUCCGAAAUGACAGUCUGGACGAAAUUGCUCAAAGAAUAAACCAGAUGGAAACGAGAAACGAAGGAUUACUCAGCAAUACAACUGACCUUGCUAAUAUGUACGCAUCAUUACAGAGGAAUGUUUCGUCACUGGCCCGGAAUUUGGAUGACCUCGCCGAGAAAGCAACUCCCCAAGCCAGUGCAAUAAGGGAGUUAAAGAAAAGUGCUGCUUUAAUGGAAAAUAAAAUUACGUUAGUCAACCAGACCUGUGAGGCCAAUAGUUUAGAUCUCGCUGCGAUGGUAGGCCGAUUUCUUCCAAUCACUGCACAACUGCAGAGCCUCACGGAAAGAAGUGACAACCUGAUUGCAGUGAGCGCUGGAAGCGACUCGACCAAAGUACCGAUUGGAUCCAUUGUUGCAUUUACGUCUGUGGGCGGGAUGAAUUCCUGUUGGCUGGAAUGCAACGGAGCCUACUUUUCUACCAAUAGUUAUCCCAAAUUGUACAAUGUUUUAGGCAGCACCAUCCUGCCGGACCUUGGAGGACGCUUCCUGUUAGGACGGAAUUAUCGGCACUCAGUCGAUUCCACAGGUGGAGAGGAGAGUCAUACUUUAACUGUUGCAGAGAUGCCCCAGCACAGUCAUGCUGCCGCUUACGGCGGUGAAUUUAUGGAUAUGAGUGGCAAAUAUGGUUUUGCAAGGUAUUCUGCACGCUCGUUAUACUUAUCUGAGAGCACAGAUAAGGUUGACACGAACCGCAAUACGGCACGUACCGGCGGUGGCUCAUCACACAACAACAUGCCACCAUAUCGGACCGUAAUGUUUUUUAUCCGUGCGUGUUAACAACUGCUCUAGUUUGAAUGGCUUGUUUUCGUUUUAAGUCGCUCACGUAGCUAGGUUUAAAAAUUCGAGUGGAAAUUUUUAUGAACCGCCUGAUUUAACAUUUUCAGAUGGAAUUUGGUAGUACUAGUUCCCGGUUCGCCAGGUAGCACUUUUUUGACGUGUGUUGUGCAGACCCGAGACGUGACGGCGACAGUAUGUUUAAGUAGAGUUAUCGCGCAAUGUUUGACGUUAAUUGGUACGUCUGGAGUACGUAGACUACGUAAAAUUACAACGAAAUUGUUACAAUUAAAACGCAUCCGU